AUGUCGUCGGAGAAGAUGACUCUGGUUAGCGCCACAGCAGCAGGCUGCCAGAGAGGCCCCGUGCCGUUCAAGGACGUCGCGGUGGUCGCCGGCGACGCGCACCGGCCGUCGGCUGAGGGGGAUGAGGACUUCGACGAAGCCAUCGCCGCCCUACCGAGCAAGCCGCCGACGCCACUCAUGAGAAGGAUGCGCCUGUACCACGGCGGCUGGUUCCCGGAGAAAUGGCUCCCCUACAUCAUGGCGUUCCAGCGCCGCUUCGAGGCACGCCGCGAGGAGGGCGACGUCAUCGUCGCCAGCCUGCCCAAGUGUGGCACCACGUGGCUCAAGGCCCUGGCCUUCGCCACCGCGGCGCGUGGCACCUAUCCGCCGCCGCCGCCGCCGCCGGCCGUCGACGUCGGAGGCGAUGAUGGUGGCGACCGCCGCCGCCUACACCCGCUCCUCCGUCUCAACCCGCACGACUGCGUCCCUUUCUUGGAGUCCAUUUACUCCAGCAAGGAGGAUGAGGCCAAGCUCGCCGCGACGCCGUCACCGCGGCUACUGAGCACGCACCUCCCGUACUCCGUUCUGCCGGCCUCCAUCACCGGCAACCCGAACUGCAAAAUCAUCUACGUCUGCAGGCAACCAAAGGACAUGCUGAUCUCAUUUUGGCAUUUCGUCAACCGUGACAAGUCGCGUGACGUGCCACUAUCCUACGUGUGGGAGUCUGUUCGGGAAUGCACGUAUUUCGGAAGCCCGGUCUGGGACCACAUCAUCGGCUACUGGAACGCGAGCAAGGCGAGGCCGUGCAACGUGCUGGUCCUCAGGUACGAGGACAUGAAGCGGGACCCGGCCAGAAACGUGGAGAGGAUCGCGGAGUUCAUCGGCCAGCCGUUCUCUGAGGCCGAGAGGGAAGCCGGCGUGGUCAGCCGCAUCGUGGAGCUCUGCAGCUUCGAGACGAUGAAGGCGCUGGGCACUCGCAUGGCGGGAUCGUCGCAGAGAGUGGUGUCCUCGGAGUUCCCCAACGAUUCCUUCUUUAGGAAGGGCGCCAUCGGAGACUGGGUGAACCACGUCACGCCGGACAUGGCUGAGAGUCUUGAUAAACUUCUCUCGGAAAGAUUUGAUGGAUCAGACUUCACUUUUGCUUGAGAAGAAGUCUCUGUGAUCUAUUCCCUCCGUUUUAUAUUAUAAGACUUUCUGGUCUUUUCUAGAUUAAUACGUGUGCUAAUGAAUUUUUUUGAUAUAUAGAUGAAUCAAGUCAAACCUAGAAAGUGUAACGAGCAUAAAUUAAGCAUUAGAAAAGGUAAACACCACAGAAUAAUGAUUCGAAAUAAUGUAAUUAGUGUUUGUUGUGUUGUACUCCCUCCAUACACUUUAUUAGACAAUGGCGUUGACUUUUUAAGAAUACGUUUCACCAUUUGUCUUAUUU